AUGACCCCGGCGACACGACGGGCUCUUCGAUCUGGCCGUGCUGUCGAGAUGACGGCGGCGGCGACCCGUCCGGCUCGACGGUCCCGACAGAAGCAGCCGCUGCCGCCCACAGAGCCAACAGAGCCGACACAACCGACACAACCAGCACAGUCCCGACGGCAAGCUGCAGCCACGACAGACCGAUGGACGGCACAGAAGCCGAGGACGGCGGCUGCACGUCGAACAUCACAGCGAACGGCUGCUGCUGCAGGGUUGACGCUGACGGCUGUCAAGACCGAGGACGACGACCGCGAACACUCACCCACAUCCCAACAUACUCCCAAACACAGCCAAACCACCCAACUCGCCCAAAACACACGUGACACACCACCAGACGUCAGGGUCAAGAUCGAAGACGACGACGAGGCCGGCCCGUCGCUCAGCAGCCUGCCCUACUUCCAGCCCUGGCUGCAGUCCGAAUGCCAUCUGGCCCGGGCCAUGCGCGGCGAGGCUCCCCUGGGUCGAGAGCACGCCGGUGCUGGUGCCGGUGCUGGUGCUAAUGGCAGCUGCUUCUGUCACCGGGCCAGACUGGCCUGA